AGAGCUGCAAAACUGUCAUCAUAAGAGAAGAGUCUGCAGCUUCGUGCACUUUGUUUCUGCUUCACGAUGCUGCAGCUGGGACUGAGCUGUCUGCUGCUGCUUCUGCAUGUCUGUGUGGUGUUUGGGACUGAACUCUCAUUUGAGCUCCCUGACAACGACAAGCAAUGUUUCUACGAAGAUCUGGAGAAAGACGUCAAGUUUGACAUAGACUUCCAAGUCAUUGCAGGAGGAAACUACGAUGUGGACUGUUUUGUGACCGACCCUCAGAACAACGUCCUGUAUAAUGAGAAGAAGAAGCAGUACGACAGCUUCUCUCACACCACCACUAUGAAGGGAGAGUACAAGGUCUGCUUCAGCAAUGAGUUCUCCACUUUCACACAUAAAGUAGUGUAUCUGGACUUCCGCCAUGGAGAUGAAGAACCGCUUCUGCAGAGCAUGACGAGAAGCACGGCAAUGACUCAGUUGGAGUCAUCCUGCGUUGCCAUUCAUGAGAUCUUGAAGGUGGUGGCUGACUCGCAGACAUGGUACAGGUUAAGAGAGGCGCACGACCGCACGAAAGCAGAGCACCUCCUGGAGCGGGUCACCUACUGGUCCAUCGGAGAAACCGUCCUGCUGUUUGUCAUCGGCAUCGGUCAAGUCAUGAUGCUCAAGAGCUUCUUUGCCGAUAAGAAAGGCUCCGUGAUGGCCGCCACUUAAGAACUCAUAGUCUUGAUUGUGAGGAAUACAGGUGGAAGCUCACCAAUGUGACACAGAAAUGUGCACGUUUGUUAGUGUUUUCAACAUCAGAGUAGUUUAGGAGGAGUUUUCCUAUUUCUGACUGCCUACUCAGAGUCUGACAAACUUGAAUACUUUUUGUCACAUCUGUGUUGUUUUGUGCUUAACAAGCCAUGUUGAAAAGGAACACCACUUAGACUUGUGUUAGGAAUGAGAUCGACAUCUUUCAACCUGUCAUAGAUUAUUUAUUAUAUUUUUAUAGAAGUACAACAUAUACCAGUUUGUUCCACCUAUAAAUUGCCUAGUUUGCCUCACCAGUGGGACCAUUUUGGAUUUUCAUCUUGAUAUCCAGCAAUUACAGUAAAAAUUGUGAUGCAUAGAUAAGAACCAAAGAGGCAUGUUUCUGAAUGUUAGUUUUAUUUGUUAUAUGGUAUCAGUUAUGUUUAUUCUUAGCCUAGUUUAAUUUAUAUAUACAAAAUUGUGACUAGCUGUAAGACCUCUUUUUUCUCUUUUGUCUGUGUCUGUCUCACACAAAGUGCCUUAAGAAAUAUUUUUCCUCGUGCCUACCACAUUGAAAGUUUACUGUUGUAAUUUAAGUAUACAUCAUCAUGUUAAUACUGUUUGAUUGGAUUCUUACUUUUGAUUCAUACGUUUGUUUCAGUGACAAUUGUGAAAGCCUUUUUUUGCACCAAGUGAUGUUUUCGGACCUACUUGUUUACCUGUAAAUCUUUCAAUAAAAUCAUCUGGGAAGCCAUA